AUGACAUUGCUGUGCGUGUUGUGGGCGACUCUGUCCACCGUGGCAUCGAUCCUCGCCUGUUCUGGAUUUUACCUGCCCUAUUGGAUACAGGGACGACUGCUGGGGAAGGCGGAUGCGUACUUUAGUUCCUUUCGACGCUGCAACUAUCCACGAAUAAAGGCGCCGAACGCCGCUCCCGAAAUAGUUUACGAGUGCGCCAGGUACUCCAGCUUCUGGGACAUACCGAGCGCCUGGUGGCAGGCGAGCACAGUCACCAUGGGAAUCGGCGUGGCGAUCGCUGUGAUCGGCGCCCUCACUCUGCUAGCUGCAGCCUCCAGCUUUCUCCCGCACAUACUCAAGACGCCCAAGCACACCAGGCUUCUCGGAUCCUUGCAGCUUCUCGCUGCAGUGAUGAUAUGCGGCGGCCUGGUGAUGUACCCCAUUGGAUGGGACAAUCGGGAGGUGAGGGAGUCGUGCGGCAAAGGUGCUAACGUGUACAAUCUCGGAAAGUGUUCCGUGUCAUGGUCGAGCCACCUGCUGGUAGGCUCGGUGGCGCUGUUAAUGCUGUGCUUUGGUCUGAGCUUCUGCGCUGCACGACACAAGCCGUCCAACCCACACACCGAUCCCCUGCGCAUUUGACAAUCGAGAUACUCUCAAUCGAUUCAUGCCUACGCCUCGCCGAAGACGACCACCCUCUCCUUCGUCACGGUCUGUUGAUUCGCCAGCUGGACCACACCGCAUCUAGAGGAUCCCGCCGAACCAGCCAUCACGUGGGUAUCCACACGCUUCUGGACCACUCUAUCUGUCCACCAUCCCCCCCACACUCUCUAAUUACGAACGAAAAUUGAUGUGUAUAGCGUAGCGUUAGCUCGUCCGAUCGUUUCUGCGUUCCGCUGCAAUUUCACAACCUUCCUUCCUCCCCUUAUCAUCCCUGCAAUGAAACA